CGCCAAUCGCUGGGUGGCGGCGCUGUAUUGCAGCACCAUAAUUCUCAGUAUGACUGCAUGUUUGAAAAGUUGACGUUUUCAGUGCUCAUGGCCUGCGUCUGAGGCGUCAAUUUCCUUCGCCAACUUCGUAUCACCUACCUAGUCUUUUGUAGCAUGUGAUGCUCGGCUCUCAAGCCUCCAGCAGGUAGGAGAGACGCGCGACACGCUAAGCGUGUCAUCGACGUCGUCACCUCCUCCUCGGGUUGCACCACGCCUGAACACCGAGCCCCGAGUCUUUGCAUCUUCAUCCUCGCGAAAUUGUAGACGGCACGCCAUGUCAUUCUUCAACACCACGCAUGCCCUCCAGCAUGUCACGCCGAUCCCGGCGGGGUCCACUCCGGAGAAGAGCAUCCAGUUGCUUCAGGGCCACGAGUUCUUCAUCCAGUGCGACCCGCACAUGAUCAAGUACGAGGGCAUGGACACACCGACGGAGCCGGCGCCGACGCUGCCCACCGACCGCGGCGUGACGGCCGUGGCCGCCCCCAAAUGCUACGAGGUGACAGACAAAGUCCACGCGCUGCCCGCGGGGCUUUGGGAUUCGGACGUGAUCAGCACGUACGAAUUUAUCAAUAUCGAACGGGGGGUGUUUGUCCGCAUACGCAGCCCGCUCAACACCAUGAUGGAGACGGUGUGGGAGAUUCGGCAGACGGAAGACGGGGGCUCGGAGCUGGUGGAAGACGUGCUCAUCAAGUGUUCGAGGCUUCUCUCCGGCGUCGUCAAGACCACCUGCGAGGCCGGUUGGAAGGGAAUCCACGAGAAGAUGGUUGCCAAGAUGGCGCAAUUGUGAGGGCUCGUUGGAGACUGCCAACUGUCGAUGCCGACAGCACAGCGCAUAGAUGUCUCCGCCUCUGAUUGUAGCGUCGCACAUUUGCAUUAACGUAAAGAAAUAGAACCCAUGAUUCCAGG